CCCGCCAGCGUUUUUGGCCUCAAGGAAGGUGAUGUUCAUGUCAUCCGUAACGCUGGAGGAUGUGCUCCGGAAGCCUUGCGAUCAUUAGUUAUCUCAGAGCAGCUCCUUAACACUGACAAUGUUAUUGUUGCGCAACACACUGAUUGCGGAAUGCUCACAUUUGAGAACCAGGAUACCUAUUCUAUUAUCCAUAAGAACCUGGGUGUUGAUGCUACUCAUAUCAACUUUUUGCCCUUCCCGCAAAACGUGCGUGAUGAUAUGGCUUUCCUUCGCAACAAUCCAUUGAUCCCCAAGUCUGUCAACAUUUAUGACUAUGUCUACGAUGUCGCCACUGGUCAUCUCAUAUUUAUUGAUUUAGAGAAUAGCGAGACUUUUAUUUUUUUUUUUAUUUUUUAUUUUUUAUUUUUUCAAAACUUUUAA